CAUUCAUUGAUGCCAUCCACCGUUAAACCUCAUCGAAGAAGGAAGUGACGUAAUCGUUUCUGCCGCUGGUACUUUUCACACCGGCUUGCUAUUCUCUGUUACUCUGCACCGUUUUUGACAGUCAUCAGAGCGUGGAAUCAUCAUGGUGCUCGAUUUAGACCAAUUUCGGACCGAUAAAGGCGGUGAUCCUGAAGUAAUCAGAGAAACUCAAAGAAAAAGGUUCAAAGAUGUGUCACUUGUGGAUAAACUAGUACACGCAGACACAGAAUGGAGAAAAUGUCGUUUCACUGCCGACAACCUCAACAAGGCAAAGAAUUUAUGCAGCAAGACAGUUGGAGAGAAAAUGAAGAAGAGAGAGCCAGUUGGGGAUGACGAUGAUUCUGUCCCAGAUGACGCCCAGAACUUGGAGGCCCUAACGGCAGACACACUAUCGCCCCUCACGGUCACCCAGAUCAAGAAGGUCCGUCUGCUUGUAGAUGAGGCAGUGCAGAAAUCUGAUGGUGAGAGGGUAAAGCUGGAGGAAGAGCGCUUUCAAUACCUGCGAGAGAUCGGGAACCUCUUGCAUCCAUCUGUGCCCAUCAGUAAUGAUGAGGAUGCUGAUAACAAAGUGGAGCGCACCUGGGGAGACUGUACUGUGCAGAAGAAGUAUUCCCACGUAGACCUGGUAGUCAUGAUCGACGGCUACGACGGAGAGAAAGGAGCUAUAGUGGCCGGGAGCCGUGGCUACUUCCUCAAAGGGCCACUAGUUUUCCUGGAGCAGGCAUUGAUCAAUUAUGCUCUGCGGAUGCUCCACAGCAAGAACUACCAAAUGCUCUAUACCCCCUUCUUCAUGAGGAAAGAGGUCAUGCAGGAGGUGGCUCAGCUCAGCCAGUUUGAUGAUGAACUUUACAAGGUGAUUGGGAAGAGCAGUGAGAAAUCUGAGGACACGGCCAUAGAUGAGAAGUACCUGAUUGCCACCUCAGAGCAGCCCAUCGCAGCCUUCCUGAGAGACGAGUGGCUGAAGCCAGAGGAUCUGCCAAUGCGCUACGCCGGCCUCUCCACCUGCUUCAGACAGGAAGUGGGUUCCCACGGGCGUGACACCCGAGGCAUCUUCAGGGUGCACCAGUUUGAGAAGAUAGAGCAGUUUGUUUUUGCCUCUCCUCAUGACAACAAGUCCUGGGAGAUGAUGGAUGAGAUGAUUGGGACAGCUGAAGAGUUCUACCAGACACUAGGGAUCCCCUACCGCAUCAUCAACAUAGUCUCAGGUGCUCUGAACCAUGCAGCCAGUAAGAAGCUGGACUUGGAGGCCUGGUUCCCAGGCUCCGCAGCCUUCAGAGAGCUGGUCUCCUGCUCCAACUGUUUAGACUACCAGGCCCGUCGGCUGCGUAUCCGCUACGGACAGACCAAAAAGAUGAUGGACAAGACUGACUAUGUGCACAUGCUCAACGCAACCAUGUGUGCCACCACACGUGUAAUGUGUGCUAUCCUGGAGACGUACCAGACCGAAGAGGGUGUCGUCAUUCCAGAGGUGCUCCGGAACUUCAUGCCUCCAGGUAUGACAGAGAUGCUGAAGUUUGUGAAGCCUGCGCCUAUUGACGUGGAGACGUCCAAGAAGCAGAAGAAGCAGCAGGAUGGAGGGAAGAAGAAGAAACAGGGAGGUGGAGACCAGCUCCAGAACCAAGUGGAGAACAUGUCUGUCAACGAUUCUUAGACACCAUCAUCAUUCCUAUCCUUAAGUUCCCAUCACUUAUUAUCACAGAGCCAUGUCCUACUGUAGAACCAGAGUACUUUGGAAAAGGGAAAGGCCAUUGGCGUUGUUAGGGAAACAGCUUGGGAGUAAUGUUGGGUCUGCUGCAUGCAAUUAUCCUCACUAAGAUCCAAACAGUCUAUCAAGUCUGAACUCUGGAAUUCUGUGAAAUUUCGAUUGAAGCAAACUUGCGACAUCUUGUAUAUAAGGUGCUUUAAGAAAUAGGGUUGCUUUGAUGUUCUGAACUCAAUUUUAAUUAUCUUAUUGCAUAUCACCAUAAAUCGCACAUGUACUCUGGACCCAUUUUUUUCCUACAUUGUUGCUUGCCUUGAGGUCAUUUGCUUCUAAUUACGUCUGUAUGUACUAUUGUAAGACGAGGCAUUGAUAAAGUGGUGUGCUGUAACGAUACAAAAUC